CUGAACACCGCUCGUAAAUAGGCAUACGCCAUAUUAGUUUUCUAUCUCCGAUAUCCCACACUAGGGUAUACUCUCCGAUUUCGUUACGCCUGAUUGCUUUCAAGUCACUACUAUCGACGUGACAAAACCUCCGUGUUUCAAGGGGCGCCAAGAGGGGUAAUGAAAUGAAAAUGAAAAAAUAAAAAACACAACUGAAAAAGAAACCCUUUAUAUCACUCUUCCGUAAAAUGCGCACAGCAAUAAAAUGUUCUCCUGCAUUUAAAAGGGUUACAGACCUCUCGCGGAACCUUUAUUCAACAGUAGUACUGUACGCGUUUGUACGUUGGAAUAUUCAUCCGGCAAAGUCACACGUGCUUACUUCGAACAACGGCGGCCUGUCGACAAAUAUCUGCAAAGCUUCCACAAUAGGUAAGAAGUUAGGGUAUAUAAAUACCUAAAUAGAAAUAUUUCUCCAAUGCCAAUAAAAUGUACACAAACUCGCGUUUUCAAAGACACCACGUUUCACUGACAUCCAUCCCUCCGAUAUUUGUCAUUGGACUAAACUGCGCAUGUGUAAUAGAAAACGAAAGUAUAAACAAAGUUAUAAAUAACUUCGCCAAAGGGAGAAGUAAUUGCUGUUAUAACCAGCUGAUAACAUUAGGAUAGAGAUAAAGCUAAGUUAUUUUGAGAUUUUGAGUGUCUUUUUAGUCUUUAAAAAACGUUUGAUUCAAUUUAAAUCAAUGCAAUGCAGAGGGUAACAAUUAUAGAUACAUAAAACAUUUCAUCGCGCCCUGUAACCCAUGAUUACAAAUGAUAUAAGAAGAAAAAUUGUAAACUAAUGAAAAACUUUACCUGGCACAUAUAAUCUGAUGAUGUGAACGAAAUUAUUGAUAAUCUGCAAGAAAUAUACAUUUUAUUUUAGCAUGGACCAUUUUCUUGAGGAAACUGAAGAGAUGGCGCCAGAGUACAUGAAUGACUCAUUUGAGAGAGAUGAUGAGGAAGAGGUUGACAACCUUAUGAGGGAAAUUUUUGGGGAUGCAGGUGGCCAUGAAGAGAUGGAGGAUCAGGACAGAGGGAAUGAGGAGGAGAAUAUUGGUGAUGACGAAAAUAAUUUGUGGAAUGAUACCUCGGUUAACAAUGAGGAGAUGGAUCUACUGAAAGAGAGGCGGUUUAUAGUUGGAGAGAGAUCCCUUAGAGAUCUUGUGAAGAGGAUAUCAUGUGAGCAAUGUGAUGGCAAGAUAGUGGCCUCAAGUGUGCAAGAGGGAGAGAGCAUUGCAGCAGGAAUAAAGUUUACCUACAAAUGUGUUAAUGGUCAUCCUGGCAAAUGGAUUUCUACUUCCUUUUAUGGAGGUAGAAGUUUCAUUAGCAUGUUGCUGCAGCUUAUUAUAAUCUUAUCUGGAGCAACAUAUGAACACUUUGCCUUGGGAGCAAAGUUCAUGAAUUUGGCGAUUGGGGGUGCUAGUCAUUUUUACAGAAUGCAACGCCAGUAUAAAAUUGCGAUAGAAAAGUAUUUCCAAACUCAUAUGGAGGAAAUAAGAAGAACUCUUGGAGGUCUACCAGUUAGUGUUGCAGUGGACGUAAGAUAUGACACUCCAGGAUUCUGUGCAAAUAGAUCCACUGCUGUCUUUUUGGAUCUAGAGAAGAAACUUAUUCUUCACAUGGAAGUAGGGGAUGCAAGGGAGGUCGACAGAAGAAGUACGAGAAUGGAAAAAGUCCUCAUUGAACGUGGCUUACACUUCCUUGUUUUCCAGUCCCCAAUCAUAGUAUGGGAGGUCACAUCAGAUGCCAGUAAAACAGUGAUUUCUAUUCUGAAAUCUGAACCAUUUCAACACCUCCAUCACAGUUUAGAUGUGUGGCACAAAACAAAAAAACUAGUUUCAACAUUGCUUGAUCUAGCAAAGCGGGCAAGCUAUAAAGAUCUUAUGCCAUGGAUUCGACCUAUCGUAAAUCAUUUCUGGUGGUGCUGCAGUUCAGCCAAAGGCAAGACUGACAAACUGCUAAAGAGGUGGAUGGGCAUAUUGUUCCACAUUAACAACAAGCAUAUAUGGCCCGGAGGAAGAUGUCAUCACUCAGAAGUAUUUGCGCCUCCAGUCGAUGCAAAGUGGCUGCCAAAAGAUUCAUUAGCAUAUAAAGAAUUUAGGAAGAUAGUUACAAACAGGGAAUGGUGUGGGUCUUUAAAGUACUACACCAACUGCAGACAGACUUGGGCCAUUGAAAACUUUUUCAGUCACACCCUCCUGCACUACUGUCCCAAACAGAAUUCUUUUUCCUAUGAUUCUUAUCAUAUACGAAAUAUGUUGGCUAUCUUAGACCAUAACAACCACGUGGGAAGGACAGUGCGUGUAAGAGAAGAUGGAGAACCAUAUGCCCAAGCACAGGUCUCGAGACGUACAAAACAGUGGGUUGCUUAUGAAAAAAAAUGUCCUAAAGAGUACAAGUAUAUUCCAGAUUUGAUAGUAGCCUGCAUGAGGGAAACAUAUGGGAAGCCUUUGUCCAGUUACAUGAAAAGUGAGAAGGAGCUGAGUUUGAGGUCUUCUCAGCCUAAUUUAUCUGGGACGCAAAAUCCAGGAUCAAAGUUUCUUUUAGCAUGUAUGGAAAGCAGGAAAAAACAGGUCUAGCUUCAGCUGCCAUCGUGUCAUUUACACUGGGCUGAUUAUCAGCUCUCACAUUCCUUGCACUCCUCCCUGCGUAUGGAUUAAAUCGAACCUAGUGAUACAACAAGAAAAAGAAGUGAAAGAACUCAAACAUUAUUCCUUCCAAUCAAGAAGGACCUCAUUGUAAUGGAAGGGUGAACACCUGUAAUUAUGAACAACACUCCUCGAAAAUACAUGUACAUUUACAAGUAUAAUACUUACUGUAGCAUUUGUCUUGAAUUGACACAGUGGGUUCAU